AUGGAAGAGGCUUCAUUUCCGAGUCUCUCGUAUCUGUCAUCAACCAGGCAAUCCGGCUUGGGUUACUCCAUGGAGAAAUUUAACACUGAUUUAUUUCUCCAACAUUGUUCAUUGCGUGAAUUCAACAUUUUUGUUUUUUCCGUUUUUUUUUUCUUUCAAUUUUACAUUUCCAUAACCUUAUCACUGGUUUUGUUUCUCCCCAGACCUGAUACAAGCAAGGUGCUGGACCAAUUCACAGCUUACUACACAGUCAAUGGAGGUGCUUUGGGUUUCAGUAGUCUGGCUUUUACGGCUGCAUCUAAGACUGGCCUUCCUGUAUCCAGCAAAGUCAGAGACAUUCAGGUUUUCCCGCCUCUGCAACUAUCACCAAGAAACAUCACCCUCUUGAUUGGUGCUGAGUUCCAGGUGCGGAGUACCGGUGGUCCCCAGCCACAGUCCCAGAUUGAGUUCAGUAUCGGUGAUUAUGAGAUUGCCAGCGUUGCGACCAGUGGAGUACUCAAGGCUUUGGCACUUGGUCAUAGCAGGGUGACGGGUAAAGCCAUCGGGUAUGAUCAAGAGACUGGGUCACCCGUUGUCUACUCACAGGAUAUCAUUGAUGUAUACGUCAUCCGUCUUCACGGAAUCAAGAUCCACGCCCCUCUCCUUCGCUUACAGUCCAACACCGAGAUGCCGGUAUACGCCAUGGGUAUCAAUGAACACGUCACACCGUUCACUAUCGGUAAUGUAGUACCAGGACUGGAGUUUCACUGGACGGUUACCAACCCGGAUGUGGUCAGUGUUGAACCGGUGUUCCAACGGCAAGGUGUGUCCAGCCAUCCGGAGCAUAAUGUAGCCAUGAGGAUUCACACGCUGAACCCUGGAGAGGCUUCCUUGAAGCUGAGAGCCACGUUUCACCCCGCUACCCCAACACAGGCCAUAACCACUAACUUGCUGAUAGACGAGAUCCAACUUCAGGUGUUUGAGAAGCUCCAGCUAUCCAGCUCCUGCCACCAGGAGCUUCUGAUGACCCCUGACACCGUCGCCUACAUCAAGACCAACCGCGAUGGCUCGGCACGGAUGUCCUUCGUCAUCUUGACCUCAGACUACGAGCCCCUGGUGAAAGUAAAUCGCCAGGGAUUAGUGUCUGCCGGUGCCAGGACUGGCCAGGCAUCGGUGCAGGUCACUGCGUAUGAAAGCUUCGGAGUCAACCAGACGCUAGUCUUGUUGGUCAAGGUGAAGCCUGUGGCGUACAUGGCUAUCUAUUCUGCCACCAAUCUACUCACAACUAGAGCCGAGAAGCUGAGAGUAUUCCCAGUUGGCAUGACGCUGUCCUUUGCAGUCGCUUUCUAUGACAACUUCGGGGAUAGAUUUGAAGCAACGAACACAGUACUGCAACACAGAAUCAGCAGAUUUGACAUGUUGCGACUUCAGGCAGGACCAGACAAUGGAACUUUUGUUGCCAGGGCAACCCACUCAGGGAGCACAAUCUUCAAGGUUUGGGAUAAGAACAGCCCCUGGAUUGAGGACUACGUGAACAUCCCCGUUGGCAGCGUGGUAGAGCCCAGUAAAGGCUUUACGGUUGGUGAUGUGAUAUGCUUCAGGUCGCCACUAUUAACAGGAGAGGGUCAGAGGGGCUCUUGGAGGACAGGUGCGGACUCUGUGCUGCAAUUGGAUAGUGCCAGCGGUGUUGCCAUAGCAGCUAAGCCAGGGCUUACUACGCUGAAUCAUGACAUUGCUAAUAAUCUUGCCACUCAUUCUGAGGUGUACGUGCUGCCAAUCAAUAAGCUCAAACUUGAGAAAGAGGCUGUUUCCUUCUUCACUACAGUCCCCCGGGAAGGAGGUUAUCAGAUACCCAUUUUGCUCAACUCAGAGUCUAGUGUGAAAGGGCACAACUGUAGUAGUCUUCUGUCCAGCCUGCAGAUGGAACUCCCAUCACCUCCCAUGGUGUGCCAGCUCGGCUUCAAGGAUCGGGGGGUGAAGGUACAGGCUAGCGAGCUUUUCCAUGUCUUCUCAGGAUUCAAUGCAGAAACCAGUGGUUAUUUCUGCGGCAUUUCCCAGCUCGAGUCUCGGCAUACCCCCAGCUAUCUAGCGACCCUAAAGGCCGACCUUACCCUCUCAGUGGUCACUCGCAACAUCCAGGGUCAACCAGAGGUCAGAUCAGAGGUCGUGACCUUUGCCUUCCACCCACCUGCUCAUAUACACCCCUUGCACCUAUCCCUAAGCCUGGCCCAGAAGGAUGCGACCAUUAUUGUGGAAGGGGUGGAUGCAACGCUGAAAGCAAUGAGGGUGUCAGUGGCUGACGGCUCUCUGGUAGAAGUGGCCAAACACUACAGCAUCAACGCCAACACCCUUCACUAUCCCAUUAGACUCACAGACUCGGCAGCCCGACAGUACGGCUCGGUCGUACUGACGACCGAGAUUGAGUUCUACGACAGCUUGACCGGUCAGAAACAAGUGAUUCCUGUAGGGGUCAACAUGGUUCCGCUGAUGGAGCAAGCAAAAUCACAAGAGCCGCAGCUGACAGGAUGGGCUCGUGUUCUUCAGGUUCUCUUCAGCAGUUAUCCUUACUGGAUACUACUCCUUAUAGUCAUUCUAGCCAUCGCUGGUAUCGUUCUUAUAUGUUACCACAUGUUCUUAGCUCCCCGGUAUUACCAAGUAUCCACUAACUCCGGUGUCUUUCUACGUACCCCACCCUCCGGUGCGCCGCCCCCAUACUUAUCCCAGUCUCCAGCAUAUCAGCAGAGUCCAUACCAGUCGUCAUUUGAUACAUCCUUACGCCAUCGUCCACAACAACAGCAGCCGCAGCGAUCACCAACCAAGCUAUGGAGUACCGCCUACAGUCCACAACCAGGCUCUAGCCCUCAGUAUUAGUCAUCUACUCAACUCUGAUUAGUUUGCAUCUUUCAAUUUUUUGUUUGGCACUGCAUCACUAUAGACGAUGUGACCUCUGACGCCACUCAAAAACCAUAACAUGAUG